AUGUAUGGGGAAGCUGUCGUUACUGGUUUACUAGUAGCUUUUGAAGUCGUUCCUGGUCUUGUAGUAGAUUUUGAAGUCGUUAAUGGUCUAGUAGUAGCCUUUGAAGUCGUAACUGGCCUAGUGGUAACUUUUGAAGUAGUAAAUGGUCUAGUAGUACUUUUUGAAGUCGUAACUGGUUUAGUACUAGCCUUUGAAGUCGUAGCUGGCCUAGUAGUAGCUUUCGAAGUCGUAGCUGGCCUAGUGUUAAAAAAUAUAAGUGCUGACAAGAAAGAUGAACUAAUGACUAAUGGAGCUGUCGCUUUCGCAAGUAUGCCUGGAUCGGCUCCAAUAACUGUUUUACCUGGUGAGACAAAGCUGGAAUUUUUGAAACGAGUUGAAAUGGCUUAUCAUGGAUUAUCUAUGAGUAAACUGGGCCCAUCAUAUUAUGUACUCGAAAAACAUACUAUUUCAUAUCCAACAAAUAGUUUGAAAACUGAAUGA